AUGGAUCCCAGAGUGCAGCCUUCCAGCAAGUAUUUCCCGGUUGCAAUAGCUGAUAAUGAAGAACCAUAUCCUAGUCUUUCUGAUUACCAUGACUAUGAGCCAAACUUAGAAUUUGAUGAUACUGAACUUCAAAGUCCAACUGCAGAUAUUGACUUGGAAAAAAGUUUAGCUAAUGUAAAUGGGACCGUAGGAACAUUAGAUUACAUGGAAUCUCCUGUUUCUGACGGUACUAUUGAAGAAAAUUUUGAAGAAGAAUUAGUAAAUGCUCCUCAAGUUGAAGGCUUAACAUCUGUAAAUGAUACAGCAACUGGAAAUUUGUUAGAUGAUUUGGAAGCAGAUGAUUCUAAAGAAGAUGAAGACUUCAGUGAUGUUGCUGAAUGUGGUGUUGUUGAUGUAGUUGGUGAUGAUGCAGUUGGCCGUAAAAUCAUUGUUGUUUCAGCUUGCAAAUUACCAAGUAAUAAAGAAGUUGAUCAUCCAAGACUUUUAAGGUAUCUUAUGUACACUUUGGACAAAUUUGUAGAACAAGACUACAGCUUGGUCUACUUCCAUUAUGGAUUGACGAGUAAAAAUAAGCCAACAUUAUCAUGGCUAUGGCAAGCAUACCGAGCAUUUGAUAGAAAAUACAAAAAAAACUUAAAAGCCCUGUAUUUAGUACACCCAACUGGUUUUAUCAAAGUGGUUUGGCAACUUUUUAGAGCUGUGAUCAGUGCAAAAUUUGGCCGAAAAAUUAUGUAUGUUAACCAUUUGCAAGAGUUGAAACUGUUCAUGGAUUUGGAUCAAUUGAUUAUUCCAGCACCGGUUUUAGAUCAUGAUGAACAGUUAAUGAAAAAAUUAAAUAAAAGAAAAGUUUCAUUAGUUGAACAGGAAACUGAACCAAAAUCCGAACCAUUACCAACUCAACAAUUUGGUGUUUCAUUGCAGUUCAUAAAAGCAAACAAUGAUGGAGAAAUAAUUCCUCCAUUGGUACAAAAGUGUGUUGAGUACCUUAGUCUACCAGAUGCCUUAGAAACUGAAGGAUUAUUUAGAAGAUCUGCAAACAUUAAUCAUUUAAGAGAUUUACAGAGUCGUAUCAAUCUAGGUGAACCUGUAGACUUUGGUAAUGAUGUACAUCUUGCAGCUGUUUUGUUGAAAACUUUUUUACGAGAACUUGAAGAACCUUUGAUGACAUUUGAUUUGUUUGAUGAGAUUACACAAUUUCAAACUCUUCCAAAAGACGAACGUCCUAGGCAAGUGAAAAUUCUGAUAUUGGAAAAACUACCUCUUGAUAAUUACCAUUUACUCAAAUACCUUAUUCAGUUUUUAUCAAAAGUAAUGGAUAGAUGUGACCUGAAUAAAAUGACUUCAUCUAAUUUAGCAGUAGUGUUUGGUCCAAAUUUAGUACGCAGUCCAAAUAGUCAGUUAUCUUUAGCUGCGAUUGGCCCAAUUAAUGCUUUCACUGAUUUUGUACUGGUCAAUCAUGACCAAAUAUUCAUUAUUUGA